UACACAACUUUAGUGAUGUUUCGAUAAUAUAUGUAAAGAUUUGUGAAAUGUAAGAAGUACUUAUCGGUCUGGUGUGAAACAAUAACAAAUAAUGUGCAAUAAACGGUUAAUUUACAAAUUAUAACGCGGUGGUGUUUAUUAAAUAAACAUACAGAGCGUGACCGAUGUGUAAAACAUAAAUAAUUAUUAUACAAUAUAUGAAAAUUGGACUUUUGGUGCGACGGAAAUUGGAUUGAUACUGUGAUAAAACGGAGAUCCUAGCUUCAGCCAAUGGCACAGCACAUACUUUCGGCUGUGGAAUCAGAAAUUUCUUCUGGAAAGAACAAAGGAGAUCCGACAGAACGAGACAUGUGUGUAUCGUUGGAUGAUAGAGACUUAUGGGUUCGGUUUCAGUGCUUUACCAAUGAAAUGAUUGUCACAAAAAAUGGCAGGCGAAUGUUCCCAGUAGUGAAAGUUUCGGUAACAGGUUUAGAUCCCAAGGCGAUGUACACCGUUCUAUUAGAAUUCGUUCAAAUUGAUAACCACCGUUGGAAAUACGUAAACGGAGAAUGGGUACCGGGUGGUAAAGCCGAAGUGCCGCCUUCAAACCCAAUCUACAUCCAUCCAGAAUCUCCUAAUUUUGGAGCCCACUGGAUGAAAGAACCCAUUUCCUUUGCUAAAGUCAAACUCACCAAUAAAUGCAACGGAAACGGGCAAAUAAUGUUGAACUCGUUGCACAAAUACGAACCAAGAGUUCACCUUGUCAAAGUAGGAACAGAACAGAGGAGAGUUAUGACAUUUCCUUUUCCUGAAACCCAAUUUAUUGCAGUGACGGCGUAUCAAAACGAAGAAGUAACGUCGCUAAAAAUUAAAUACAACCCCUUUGCAAAAGCCUUCCUGGAUGCUAAGGAACGACCCGAAGGGGUUUACAACCAAAGAGAUUACUCCCAGUCUUAUGGUCAACAGCAAACCCAAUACUCCCAAUACGGAUCUUGGUUAUUGCCUCAUCAGCCGAUUUAUCCUACAGUUUCCACAGUUCCAUUAACGUCUUGUGAAAGGUACUCCUCCGGUUCUCCUUUAAGAAAUAACCGGUAUUCACCUUAUCCGUCAGCUAUUCAACAACGUCCCAAAUCCGCUUCAGUAUCACCACCUGUAUACAGCCCUCCCGAUCACCUACAGCAAACCACCCAGGUUUAUAGCGGUUCUGGAUCAUCUUACUCCACUUGGACAACAAUUCCUCAACAAGUUCCAACUACCAUCAUGAGUUCUUCAAUUAAUUGUUGGUCUCUAACGUCUAGUCCACCCCCGCCACAUCAGAUAUCGACCCCUGUGUCUCCCAAUCAGUCACCCACUCAUCAGAUAUACCAACAUGCACCCAUUUCAAAUUUAACGAACCUUUCUUAUCCAACGUAUUACAACCAAGACGUAACGUACACUCAUUAUCAACCCCCUGAGUAUGUCCCAUUGGUAAAUAACGAGGUAAGUUCAUACAGUUCUUUGGUAAACGAAAGAUCAACCCCAACAGCUUAUACAGAAGAAGUUGCGACAAGUCUAGAAAAAGUAUCUGAGUAUGAUGAGACUGGACCAGGUCAAAGGCAGCCUGACUCACCCCACUCAACGUCAAGCACCCCUAGACACGAAUGGAGCACGCACAGUAACAUUUAGAUUGUUAUUAGCCAAUGAGUUAUUAUUUAUGUAAAAUAGAUGUCUGAUUGAGUUAUUGUUACCUAAUUAUAAUA